AUGGAUUUAAGUAAACGUGCAACAAUUAUUCAUCAAUUUCAUCCAGAAACUCUUUUACAUUCAUCAGUUCGUGAACAAUAUAAACAGCAAACACCAUCAUACGAACAAACUCAUACUCGAUUGUCUGCAAAUAUUAAGUCUAAGCCCGUAUACGAACGUAAAAAACGAGAGCAAACAUCUAUGCAUGCGUUUAUGAAUUCACUUAAUAAAGAUCAACAAGAUUCGAUAUCCGACAGUAAACAUUCAAAAUCGGCAGCUAACCUUUUUUUGUAUCAUUAA